GUGCGUCCUUGUUAAACGGGCCAAAAUUAUUUAAAUCUAAUCCCCGUCUCUUUAAAAACAAAGCCCGCAGGCCAGUAUCCUUUUAAUCUCUUUCAGUGAUGAUGUCAUCUCUCACCAGCUGUCCCAUGAACUGUGCUGCCCCUUUUUAUUACAUUAUGCCUGAAGCAAAUCAAACUAUUGAAACAGCAGAAAAGAUGUCUGCCUUAGGUGCCUUGUAUCAGCUUCAUCUUGUGAAAGCAGAGACUGCUCGAGCUCUGAUUCCCAAAGAAUUCAAGUUAGUGGAGGCAUUUGGAUACACCCUCGGCGGAUUUUUUCUUGCCAAUUAUGCAGACAGUCCUGCUGGAAAUUUUGACGAGUAUUCUAUCUUGGGCAGAAACAAAUACUACUUUGUUCUUACUUGUGGUCCUAGCAGGAAUUGUUUGGAAUCCUCCUACAUCCUGUGCGUAAGUUGUUCGGCCAAUCUUUUUAGACUCAUGACGUUGGACUUCCUAGUCAAGUCGCCACUUUCACAAAGGUGGGUUUUCAAAUUGUUACGAGUACCGUUGGUUUUUCUUGAAGAUGAUAAUGUUAUGUGUCAAACCCAGAAAGUUACAGCACUUCCUGUGACAAGGAAAGGUCCGUUUCGUAGCUUGUUGAGCAAGAUUGGAAUGGAUGAUUCUCGUAAGAACGUGAAGACUUGCAUGGACAUACAUGUCGAAGAGAUGAUCAACAACCACAAAGCAAUGAGCCUAUGCAGUAUCAAUCUUAAUGCUAAUGCACUGGUAGCACCUCAAAAGGACACAAAAAGAUGGAUGGGCCCUGCAGUAAAACUCUCCCUCCCAAGCUUUAGUGGGCGAACGGAGUUUUUUCCUGACCUCCUCAAGUACUCUUGCCAGAUCGAAUGCAGGUUGAGAGCAGUGCAGCCAGCUCAAGUUGUGGGCCCACUUCAUGUGGAUGACGAAUCAACUUCCGAGACAGACAUUAAACGAAACCAUGCCAUAUCCGUGAUGCUAUCGAAGCCAAUUUUAGCUUUAGAGUUCGAUUGUUUGAAUAUGAAGGUUGAUGCUCCUACUGUGGUUCCACAAUAAAAGUGUGAGUUACAUAUCUCACUGUAUAAUGUGUAGAUUUGUUUGCUAAUAAUGUUUGCCAUUUUGGGUGACAUAGGUGCAAUCUUUCGUGUUUUCUUUUGUUUCCAAUAUUUUACUACUCUGUGUUAACCAGUGUAUGCAUAAGAUGCUUCUUUCUAGGGAUGUUUUCAGUUAAUACUUCAGAGCUAAGAGGGGGUUUUGGUAAGAAAAAAUCAAAUGGUUGCAUGUAAAAUUGGAUUUGA